CCGGAUUCAAUUUUGUGAGGUCUAGCUGAAUCGAACCUAUACGAUACGACCCGGCUUAGCGUCUUUGUAAAUUGUUAUUGUGCGUAACAAGUUCGGCGGCAAUCGUGUGUCGUGAUUGGGAAUAAUGUGGAAACCAAAAGGCUAAAUUUGUCAUUUCAAAUCGAUCUGAAUCUGAUCUUUCUAGGGGGGUCGAAGGUCGUUUCGUUUGUUUGUUUGUUUGUAUGAAUGGCGGGAAGAAUUCUCCGACAAAUUCCUACCUGAAAUCAACAACCUAAAUCACCCUCAAACAAAUCCUUUAUCCCCAAAAUGUCCUUCCUCGAUGAAUUGCAAAUCAAUUUGGAGUCAUUGCCUGGUAUUCUGCAAAAGAAGUAUGCGUUGUUGCGUGAUCUAGAUAGAAGCUUACAAGAAAUUCAAAGACAGAAUGAACAGCGUUGUGAACAAGAAAUUGAGGAGAUGAGGAGAGGAGUUAGGUCUGGAAAUAUUGCACCUAAUUCAUCACUUACCCAAAUUUCGGAUGAAGCACUUGAUGAGCAAAAGCAUAGUAUCAGGAUUGCAGACGAAAAGGUUGCCUUGGCUGUUCAGGCAUAUGAUUUGGUAGAUACACAUAUACAGCAACUUGAUCAAUAUUUGAAAAAAUUUGAUGAAGAGCUUCGACGUGGUACUCUACUUAUUGUCCAUAUUUCCAGAGUCAAUAAUAUGUAUCGACUUCCUUGCACUUUCAUAGAGAAAGAGAAUGCUGCUGCAAGUGGGGUGCCCUCUCCAAGUCUCGAUGGUGGUGGGAAAGCUGGAAGGAUGAGUGAAAGUGGCAGAGGAGGGCGUAAGAAAACACGCCAGGCAACAGCAGCAGCCGCAGCAGCAACAGAAGCAGCUACUACUGGUGCAAAUCCUACAGGUAUGGAUUUAGAGCUGCCAGUGGAUCCAAAUGAACCCACAUACUGUUUUUGUAACCAAGUUAGCUAUGGGGAGAUGGUUGCUUGCGAUAACAAUGAUUGCAAAAUAGAAUGGUUCCACUUUGGUUGUGUUGGUCUGAAGGAGCAGCCAAAAGGAAAAUGGUACUGCUCAGAUUGUGCUGUGCUGAAAAAUCGUCGGAAAGGCAGAUGAUGCUGGGAAGCUAUUCUUGGGCACUCUAUGUUUUGCAUUUGCACUGCCAUAUUAUGAAAUAGAGUUAUUUUUUUUUUUCUUUUUUUCACUGGAUCUGUGUAUAUUCAACUUUAUUUUAUUUAUCUUAGCAAUAACAGCAUAUGCUUUUGGCCU